AAAACCUUCAGUCCCUCAGCAAAGGGAAAGGGGAAGGGAAAGAGAAGUUUCGACAGUGAAGGGUUUUAGGAGAAAAUCGAACCCUAAAAGAAUCUGAAGAAAUGACACAGAAGAACAAUCUCUUCAAGGGGCAGAAGAAGCAGAAAUCCAUCCCUCCCAGCCGCCAUGGCAAACCCCCUCAAGUUCGCAAAGGCAAGAGAUGUAUGAAGCCAUCGAAAGUCACCAAGGACAUGAAUGCUGAUCGUGAGCUGACCAAGUUCAUAAACCACUGUAAUGAGGUGAAAGCUGCCACUGCUGCUAAUAAAGAAGGUGGGCAGCUUUGCAUUGUAAAACCACCGCCAGAGUCCACAAGUGGUGCAAAGAAAUAGUAAAUUCUGGGAUUACAGAAGGCGGGAUUGCUACAAAUUAGCUUCUGUUCAUCAAGAGUUGUAAAUUAGCCACUGAGUGGUGAGUUGGGAUUUUUGUGUUCUUAGCUUAAAUUUUGAGAAAAAUAUAAUUUAAUACUUCCCAUAUAGAUCAGCAGGGUGCAUUAGGCACCAUUUUUCUCACAAAUUCAUGCAAAUUUCGUAAUGAUUCAAUAGAAAGUUUCUAAGGAUUCUUAGGUUCGUUA